CGGGCUUCUCGCGAGAAGAGCAGAAGCCCCGGAGCUGGACGCGUCCUUAUGACGUCACAAGUUCCAGCAGGUCCCGGGUGGAGACGCGGCCCGUGUGUUGACAGAAUGACUGCCACAUAUCAUUGGCUGCUGCUGCUGUCAGUCAUCCUAGGGGCGUGGUCAGUGCCUAUUGAUCGCAAUCAGAAGCCGCCUGAGGACCCGCCUCCUCAGCAGGACAAACAGGAAGAGUCGCUGGACACAGGGCUGUACUACGACCGAUACCUGCGGGAGGUGAUUGACGUGCUGGAGACUGACCCUCACUUCAGAGAGAAGCUGCAGACGGCAAACACAGAGGACAUCAAGAGCGGGAAGCUCAGUAAGGAGCUGGACUUCGUGGGUCACCAUGUGCGGACCCGUCUGGACGAGCUGAAGAGACAGGAGGUGUCCCGUCUGCGGAUGCUCUUGAAGGCCAAGCUGGACAGCACUGACCACAACAGUGUGCAGGUAGAUCACACCUCCCUCUCUCUCUGUCUCUCUCUCUGCAGGUGUGCAGGUGUGCAGCGCCCCGUCCCCCCCCGGCCGGCCCAGGCCACGCGGGACCUGGAGAGCUACGACGCGGCUCGUCACGAGGAGUUCAAGAGGUACGAGAUGAUGAAGGAGCACGAGCGGAGGGAGUAUCUGAGAGGACUGGAGCAGGACAGGCGCCAGCAGGAGGAGCGCAGGCUGGAGCAGCUGAGGGAGAAGCACCGGGAGCACCCCAAGAUCAACGCCCCGGUGAGGGGGUCAGGGAGAUCGGGGCUACUGAGAGAGGGAGGGGGAGAUCGGGGUUACGCGCUGAGGGAGAGAGGGGAGGCGCUGGUGCAGCAGGAGGAGGAGGAGUACCAGCAGGCAGUGAUGCAGAUGUCCCAGAGGCAGAAGGCCCCACCGGCACAGGAUGGACAGCCCCCUGCGGGCCCUAAUGGAGAGCUGCAGUUUCACAGCGAGAUGAAGAAAUUAGAGCAAAGUGAAGACUCCCCUCUCUCCCAGGACGCUGUCGAACCCCAGAACGCCCUCGCUGCCGAGCCACCCCAAAACCAGCCUCUCCACACCUCCUAAUGACCCCUCCUGCACCCCCCAAACCAGCCUCUCCUCGUAUCCUAAUGACCCCCCCCCCUGCACCCCCAGGUCAGCCCGGUGUGUGGUGACGGUCCUGUCGGUCUGGCCGGUUGUUUACAAUGUUGCCAAAAUGGAGCUCCAGUCACAGGGUGGGAUUGUUUGUUCUGGUCCCCCAAUAAAGACUCGAACCGUG